AUGGCCCGUCCUAGGCACCAGCCCGGCGGGCUUUGCCUCCUGCUGCUGCUUCUCUGCCAGUUCAUGGAGGACCGCAGCGCCCAGGCUGGAAAUUGCUGGCUCCGCCAAGCAAAGAACGGCCGCUGUCAGGUCCUGUACAAGACAGAACUGAGCAAGGAGGAGUGCUGCAGCACUGGCCGCCUGAGCACCUCGUGGACCGAGGAGGACGUAAAUGACAACACGCUCUUCAAGUGGAUGAUUUUCAAUGGGGGCGCCCCCAACUGCAUCCCGUGUAAAGAAACGUGUGAGAACGUGGACUGUGGCCCCGGGAAAAAAUGCCGAAUGAACAAGAAGAACAAACCCCGCUGCGUCUGUGCCCCAGAUUGUUCUAACAUCACCUGGAAAGGCCCGGUGUGUGGGCUGGACGGAAAAACCUACCGCAACGAAUGUGCACUCCUGAAGGCCAGAUGUAAAGAGCAGCCAGAGCUGCAAGUCCAGUACCAGGGCAAAUGUAAAAAGACCUGUCGGGAUGUUUUCUGUCCAGGCAGCUCUACAUGCGUGGUGGACCAGACUAAUAAUGCCUACUGUGUGACUUGUAACAGAAUUUGCCCAGAGCCCACCUCUUCUGAACAGUAUCUCUGUGGGAAUGAUGGAGUGACCUACCCCAGUGCCUGUCACCUGAGAAAAGCUACCUGCCUACUGGGCAGAUCUAUUGGAUUGGCCUAUGAGGGAAAGUGUAUCAAAGCAAAGUCCUGUGAAGAUAUCCAGUGCACUGGUGGAAAAAAGUGUUUAUGGGACUUCAAGGUUGGCAGAGGCCGGUGUUCCCUCUGUGGUGAGCUGUGCCCUGAGAGUAAGUCUGAGGAGCCUGUCUGUGCCAGUGACAAUGCCACUUAUGCCAGCGAGUGUGCCAUGAAGGAAGCGGCCUGCUCCUCAGGCGUGCUGCUGGAAGUGAAGCACUCCGGAUCUUGCAACUCCAUUUCGGAAGACACCGAGGACGAGGAGGAAGAUGAAGACCAGGACUACAGCUUUCCUAUAUCUUCCAUUCUAGAGUGGUAAACCCUCCAC